GCCUGUGAAAUCAGGGCAUUAGACUAUUCAGAAUGUCGUGCACAGUACACAUUCGUCCUGCUCUGCUGGCUCUGGGCCUCUGUGUCCUCUGUACGCUCCUUGCUGCUCAGCCAGGAGACGGUCAGCACGUUCCAGUCCGUUGUGUGUGCCAUAAACCUCUAAAAAAGGUCCAGAAGCAGCUUUCAGACUUGGAAGUCUACUUAAAAAGACCUGGCUGUCAUAAAGACGAGAUCAUAGUUACAGUGAAGGAGUCGGGCAAAAAAGUGUGUCUGAGUCCAGAUGGAGAUCAAGGAAAAAGAAUACUGACAUGCUGGCACGAAAUGGAGAAAACAAAAGGAGAUGUGAAGCAAUGCCUUAAAAGACGGAGACGACGACCUCGGAGGAAGCACACCAGAUCCAAAAAGAAAACACUGUGAUCAGUCCAGCAUGAAUGGAAAGAAAUCUUCUUAUGGAUUCUUAAAGACCUGCUACUAAUGUAAUGGUGUCAGCACACUGCUGUAAAGGCCAGUGUGGACCAUACACCACUUCAGGAUUUGAACAGGACUUCCAGAGAGGGCUGGCCCCACUUAAAGUAUCUAUGGACAACUACAAUACUAAGGACAAUACAACCUGGACAAAAAAAAAACAAUGUCACAUGUCAAAUCCUCGGGCAGUUUUUGUAGUAUUAGAAAUAAUAUAUUGCACACUGUUACUACUUGUUGAAUCUUUUUUAUAACUUUUUUAUGUAAUGUUUGCAAUGUUUUAUACAAUAAAUGUGUUUAUAAUAAUA